AUGCUACUCCUGCGGUUCCGGCCAGCUCCCCUGUCGCUGAAGCUGGCCUUCACCAUCUCCCUCACCGUCUCCUUCUCCGUCUCCUGCUGCGCCUCCUCCUCCUCCUCGUCCUCGCCCGGCACAUCAGCCAGCUCCCCGCAGGCCGUAGCCGCGGACCUCCUCUCCGUUCUCGCCGGCCCGCACGCCGCGGCGCGGGUGCCGGCGGCGGAGGCCUCGCGGCUCCACGCCUGCCUCCGGUUCCUCGCCCCCGCAAACCCCACGGCCUCAAAGGUAUCGUCUUGGAGCCGCGGAGGGCCCCGGAAGUUCCUUCUGGAAGGUUGCGAUGCGGGGGCGGCGGAGGCGGACGAGAUGGUGAUGUGGCCGCCGGCCCCGGUCUUGGAGCUGGCGCGGCUGGCCGUCGACUCCGGAGGCGAUCCCGGUGCCAUCCACCGCGCGCUCGACCCAACGAUGCUGCCGGUGCCAGAUGUUGAGGCGGCCCAGAAGAAUAAAUGCGAACUCACAAGAACACCAUAUGGGAGGCGGUUUGCCAGCGAGGAGAUCAAUUCAUAUUUUGCAUUCUUGUUUGAAUUGAUUGUGGCACGGGGACCUUCGGUUGGAUUAAAUGUAUCCCUGAAUCGCUAUGAUUUGUUCCAUGGCCAUCUUUUCCUUGCAUCUGAAACAGGACGGCUUGGAAUUCUGUUCCAUGCUAAAGAAUACCCAGCAUUUAAUAAGGAAUUGUUUCCAUAUUAUUUGGGAUAUUGCCAAGCAGGAUCUAGUGUACCAUAUGAUGAUUCUAUGAAUUUGCGCAAUGUCCUUUGGUUAGCACCUUUGCCAUCAAAUGAGACAAAAGCUUGGUUAGCACCAGGAGCAUUAGUUGUCUUGGACGCACAUCCUGAUGGAAUUAUCUAUCAAGAGAUGAUACGUGACUAUGUUCAAAUUGUAAGAACAGUAUACGAAGAUGAUCUUGGGGAGGUCGCUGUUGAUGUCAAUUAUCUAAAUGUGGCAAAUGCAGCUCCCGUAGAUAGAGUUUUCAUUUGCUGA